AUGAACCCCAAGUCAUGGUCUCGCUUACUCCUCUAUCAGUCCCUUAAAAAACCUAGGAAACCUAAGAUACCCCAAUUUUCCCGGAAAAUCUUGACUUUCCCUAACUUUCCCAGUACCCAAACACCCUCAUUCUUCCAUUUCUCCAAAGCCUAUUUCUCAACUUCCGCUUCUGCCUCCUUCAAUGUAGUCAAGGAUCUUCUGGUUGAACUAGAGCGCGAGAAACAGAAGGAAAGAGAGGCUAGAAAGCGAUUGGGACUCGACACUAAAGACAUUGACGCAGAAGAUGAAGAAGAUUACUUGGGUGUGGGUCCAUUGAUAGAAAAAUUAGAGAAAAAGAUACUGAAGGAUGUAGGUCAGCCGGAAAUUUAUGAGUAUGAACCUACUGAUUCUGACAGUGAUGAUGAUGAUGAUGAUGCUGAAAAAAGACAGAGAGCUUUUCAGAAGAAGUUAAAAGGACAUGAAGAGUUACUCAAGAAAUUUGUUGGAGCUGAGACACUUGAUGAGGCAUUCAAAUGGAUGGAGAAAGUUGACAAUUAUGAGCAAAAACAUUUGCGAAUUCUUCCGGAGCAUAGGGUGAUGGGGGAUUUGAUUAAUCGUUUGAAGGUAGCAGAAGGAAAGGAUAAAUUUAUCCUUCAACAGAAAUUAAACAGGGCAAUGAGAUUGCUGAAGUGGAAGGAAGCUUACGAUCCUAAUAAUCCUGCCAAUUUUGGAGUUAUUGAUGCAGGUUGGAGACCAAAUAAUCGUGCUGUAAAACAUGCUGGAUUUGGAAAGCAACAUAAAAAAGGACAACAUGAGGAUGAUGGCGACGAGGAGGAGUUUGAUGACAUGAAGGAGAGGGAUGAUAUACUGCUGCAGAAGCUGAAUGAGAUAGACAAGUUACUGGAAGAGAAGUUAGCGGACUUGGAUCAUACUUUUGGAAAGAAGGGAAAGGUUCUUGAGCAGGAGAUCAAAAAUCUUGCGGAGGAGAGAAAUUCUUUGACAGAAAAGAAAAGAACACCAAUGUACAGGAAAGGUUUUGAUGUCAAAGUGAUAGAUGUGAAUCGAACUUGUAAAGCUACCAAGGGAGGGCGAGUGGUCAAGUUCACUGCUAUAUUAGCUUGUGGGAACUAUAAUGGUGUUGUUGGUUUUGCUAAAGCUAAAGGUCCAAAAGUCCCUGUUGCUAUGCGGAAGGAUUGUCACGAGGUUUACCUUUUCUAUCUUAACAUUGAUACUCUUGGUUGUGUUCGUGAGUCAUUGUCAAUCAGGCAGGAUAAUGAAAAUUUGGAUAAGCUCUCCGAGGGAGCACAUGAGAAAUGCUUCCAGAAUCUCCAUUAUGUAGAGCGCCAUGAGGAGCACACAGUUGCACAUGCAGUAAAAACAGAGUACAAGAAAACCAAGGUGUAUCUGUGGCCAGCCUCAACUAGCUCAGGCAUGAAAGCAGGAAAAACUGUCAAAGCUAUUUUGAAUUUAGCUGGUUUCAAAAAUGUUAAAUCUAAGGUUAUUGGCUCUAGGAAUCCUCAUAACACCGUUAAGGCUCUUUUUAAAGCUCUGAAUGCAAUUGAAACUCCAAAGGAUGUUCAAGAGAAGUUUGGCCGGACUGUUGUUGAGAAAUAUUUGCUAUGA